AUGCCUCGGCGCGGUGUCAAGAAGAGCCAUACCGGCUGUGACCAGUGCAAGCAGAGGAAGGUCAAGUGCAACGAGGAGGCACCCUGCGGCAAUUGCUUAAGGCGAGAAGAAGCAUGCAGUCUAGCAGCACCCAAAGCUUCACCUGAUCCAGCGUCGAUCUCGGGAGCAGCGACGACUUCCCAGGACUGGAUGCAGGACAUGGAGCUCAUGUAUCACUAUAUGAGCCACGUCUCCAAGAAUCCGUUAGGGGUGCGAGACGAGGUUCAACAGCUCUUCGAAAGCUUCAUCCCGGCGGAGAGCAUGAGAUUCGACUUCCUCUUGCACAGCCUCUUAGCACUCUCUGCCCUCAACCUGGCACUGCUUCGCUUGGGCCAAGCGUCCAAAUAUCUGCUUCUCUGCGACCGACACCAGUCGGCUGCGCUCAAAGGGUUCCGUAGUACGUUGUCCGAGCAAAUUACUCCGGAGAAGGGUAACGCUCUGUUCGCCUGUGCAACGAUCAUAUCGCUCUCUGCCAAGGCACGGUCACGUGUAAUUACCGCCAUGAUGCCACACCCGAGACAACUGGAUAUGGACAACGUCACCCAGUCUUUCUUGCUGAGUCGAGGAGUCCGCGAAGUCAUCGGCGUAGCCCGCGAGGCAGUCACCAACGGCCCUCUCGAGCAGAUCUUCCAGAGGAUGGAACUAUCGGAGCUCGAGAGAGCGGCUGUAGUCCUACCCAAAGCCAUCAACGAUCGAUUCAUUCACCUCCAGUUGUGGCUGUCCGACGAAAAGCAAGACGACCCGACCUACACGCCUCUCUGCGAUGCUCUCGAGUGUCUACGGGAAAUCCAUCAUAUAAUGCGGCACUUCCUCAUAACUACAGGCACUUUGCAGACUGGUCAUGUGUGGAGCUGGCCGGUCAGAGUGCCCAUCGACUACAUCCACCUCAUACAAGCACGAGAUCCGGUCGCGCUUGUGAUACUAGCUCAUUUUGCCCCAGCGACGACUGCAGCCAGGGCGUGGUACACCGAUGGCUGGGCCGAUGCUUGCUUAGAAGGCAUUUCAAAGUGCCUGCCAGCUGAGAUGCAUUCGUGGCUUCGAUGGCCGCGGGAGAUGAAAGACGGGACUUUUGCACAAUUGCUGAGCGAGUAG